GAAACUUUUGGAUGACCUAUUGCACCCGAUAGUUAUAUAUGUGCCGGGAUAAGUAUGACCAUCAGUCUCAAUUGUUUCAGCAGCACUGCCCGAGGACCUCGGACUGCAAAUACCCCGCGGAGUUUCUAUGCAUUAUUAACACCCUUGGCUAACGAACAACAUUGCAAUCCACCCCCAAACCUUCUCUAAGAUGAUCCACAACAUACUCCGUAGUUGUGCUCGAAGUCGCCGAACUACAAUCGGAGUCCUUCGGUCUCGGACUCGGAGCCAAUUGCAGCAAGCAGAUUGACACUGUCUCCGGAGGUCGAAAGGAGCGCCAACAAACACCUGCAGCAGUGGUCGUGCAGCAGUGGGGGCCGACUCGCGUAACCUUCGCAGCCUCGCAGUCUCUCCAACUCUCUCUGCCCCUCACUUGACCUGCUUGCGAGUUUCGUGACUGUAUCUUUCUCCUGCUGCGCUGCUGCUCUCAAACCAACAGAUCAAGAUGAAGUUUCUCUGCUUACAUGGCAAAGGCACCAGUGGUGCGAUCUUCAAGUCUCAGACCGCGGCGUUACGCUCGCGCUUGUCGGAAUUGAACAUCGAAUGGGACUUUGUCGAUGGCUUCUACACGACCGACCCCGCUCCCGGGGUUGAUCUCUUCUACGCACCCCCUUACUACUCCUGGUACGAGAACGACACGGUCGACGAGAUAGAGACCUGCCGCCAGCGCCUGCAGCAGUAUAUCAAGGCGAAUGGGCCCUACGACGCCGUCAUGACCUUCUCCCAGGGCGCCGCCGUAGCAUCCACAUUCGCACUACUCCAACUCUCCGAGGCGCCCGGCCAGCCGCUCCCCUUCAAGGCCGCGAUCUUCAUCUGCGCCGGCUCGCCGCUGCGCAUCAUGGAGCAGGUCGGCUACGAGAUCGCGCCGCAGGUGUGGGAGAAGGAUAUCCUGACGCGGAAGGCGCUCGCGGCCCAGGCCGACUCCUCGGCGAUCCUGCUGCAGGGCUCCUCGCGGUGGAACGGGAACAAUAGCGGCGCGAGGGAGUCGGAGGAGGACAUCCGGCAGGAGAUCACACCGUCGCAAACCGUGCUCUCGAUCCCUACGGUGCACGUGUACGGCGCGCGCGAUCCGCGGCUCUCGGCCGGCAUCCAGCUGUCGCAGACCUGCGACCCGGCGAAACGCAGGAUGUACGACCACGGCGGCGGCCAUGAGAUCCCGCGCACGGAGGCGGUGACGAGCAGUAUUGCGGCGUUGGUACGGUGGGCAUUGCGCGCGAGUGGACUGAUAUAAACCUUUCUUGUUGGAUUCCAUUGCGAUAUGAUUUGCGGCUCUCUUUCCCUUUUUUUGAUUAGAUGGCAGUGAUUUGGGUCAUUGGUAAUAGUGUGGCUAGAAUAGGACAUCAAGAGGAUUCUUCGGUGCACGGCAAUAAUAUACACAGGAUAAC